AGAGGGACAUCCACUGUACGAAUCAUAAAGCAGAAUUUUAGCCCCAGGCCUGAGAUCUGGAGACAUGCUGCUACCUUGCCCUCUCCUCCCUGGGUAGCAAGAGGUGAGCGCAGGCCCUGGGGGCACGGCAGCCCAGGGCAAGCCCUCCGGUAGAUGGCACGCACGGGCCUAGCAAAGCAUCACUGCAGCGAUGGAGAGAAAUCUGACACUGCCAGACACUCCCUUGGAAUAGCCAGGGGCCGAGCAGGAACCAGGAAAUACAAGCUCUCCCUGUCCAGAAAACACUUCUGCUUCAUGGAGGAAGGAGCAACAUGGGCAAUCUCUGCAGCUGCGGGCAACCAUGGAACUGUCCUUCGCCUUUUAAAAGAAAGAAAGAAAAGCAAGGAACUAAUGCGAGACAUGAGACCCAACAGCAUCAGCCUGGCAGGAAGGCUCCGACCUAUGAAGAUGUCCCAGAGUAUCCUGUCUAUGCCACUGUGAGUAAACCCAAGAGUAUGAAGCAGGAUGACAGCAUUCAUUACGCAGACAUCCAAGUGUUCACUAAGGUCCGGGAACGCUCUGCAGCAGAGGUGAAGAACUUACAAAUGCAGAAUGCCACAGAGUAUGCCACCCUCAACUUCCCCCGCCCCAGGCUGAAAUAUGACAGUAAGAAUGGGACCCUGGUAUAAAAGGCUUGAUGGCCCCCUCCUCCUUCAGCAGCAAAAGGAUUUCACAGACUUAGAGAUACUGUAGAUGCAAGCUAACCUCAUGGACACAUCAAGUCUCCCUGAGAAAAUGCAGAGAGGUUGUGUCUUCUACCUGCAUUUCUCUUCAGAGGACACAGCCAUAUUUAUUCUUACAUGAUGAGUAGUUUCCUAUCUGAUUCUGCUGACAAAAAACACCUCUUUCCCUUGGAAGAGUGCCUCUGAAGCUGGCAACUCAUCUUCUGUCAGCACUGUGAGAAGACAGAGCUGCUCCUUGGCUGAUGAAGGCUAAAACCACAGCCCAGAGCUCCAGUGAGAAAGUUCCUGCUAUGGCACAGGACCAGUUAGCUGAGUGCUGCUCUGCAGAUGGAUUUGGGAACAUGGCACACAAGAUUCAAUACUGGGACAAGGCAGAUGUUGCCAUAGGAUUUUAUGUCAAUGUUAAGAAAAUUCUGCAAUGUGCAGAAUGACAUGUGGAUGAUACUGUGAAGAAAUGGCAUGAAACCUUUAACAGUAUCUACUGCAAUGUUUUCCUCCAACACCUGCCUCUGUAACCACAGUCAUGCAUUAUGUGCAUCCCCUUUUCUCAAAAAGCAGUGUUUAACCGUGCAUAGCACAGUAAAACCAAGGCCAGAAAUGCAGAAUUAACGGAGAGGUAUAGAACAAUUUAUUUCGCUGAAGGGCUGUACAGAUAGGCAUCCUUACCCCAAUGUGCACAAAACUGAGUAGUGAGCUCUUAGCUCUGACUGAAGUUUCCUUGAAAUGAAACAAGGAAAAUUCACAAUUUAACUGUGAGGCAGCCAUUUAAAAGCCACUGCCUAUAUUUAGGGCAGUUAUCCAGUCCUUAGAGUACAGCAGCUGUCUGCAUGCAUGAGAUACUGGGAAUGAAUCCAAGUCAACUUUAGAGAGGGCUUUGGACUUUCCCCCCAUUUUUUUUUUAUUUCGUACUGUCAGCCUUAGUUAUAAAACCCAGUACCACAGAGCACACACCAUGUGGUGUUUUCUGCUAACCCUCACAGAUACACCUUUGAGAAUGUGUUUAUGGAUUUAAAAUAGUCUUAGUAAUGCAGUAUAGCAAUCAUCCAAAAGGCUUCUGCCACUGGACUGAAUCUGGCAGUUGCAGCAUUGGCAGUUGAACAGGGCUCCCAAGCAGUUAUCUUCAGGCACUAAAUCAAUAUUUGGCACAUUCUGUUCCUAAAUAAUGGUCUGCAUAGCUAAAUACAGACUGUGGAACAACCUGUUUGUUGCCAGUGUUCAAAAAUGGACAUCCUGGUAUGUUUUAUAAACAUAUAUAAUUGUGUAUAUUAUGGCUCAGCUAAAUGUAAAAAGCAUGAAGGAGUUCCUGCUCAUUACAAACAAUAAAGCUGGCAUGGGCAGUGUUUGCUAAGACAGAAGUGUGAGGACCAGUCCUACAAUUUUUCUACCUUUUUGCCCAUGCUAUCCAGUAGACCUCAGCAGGGCUAUUGUAAGGGCAGAGUAAUGUUUCCAGGAGAAGGCCCCUUUUUUAUAAUGGACACAGUAUAUUUUUCUACCUGAAAAGGUUUUUUUUGCCCAUGCUAUCCAGCUGACCCCAGUGGGGCUAUUGUAAGGUGUGCAGUAGAAGGCCCUUCAUUUAAAAUGGAUACAGGAUUAUGUUACUGGAAGGGAUAGUUCUUCUGAACGCCAAGGAUUCCUCUUUCUGCUCCUCCAAGUUCCUUUGUAUACUCCAUGCCCAGCGUGAAAACCUGUCCUUUGGACUGAGGAAGGCUGAAUGGGCACAGGAUUUAGUUACGAGAGUGUAUCAGGGAAGCAUGGGACGCUCUAGCACUCAGUCCUGCUAGCCCAGCUGUCAGAGGGGCAGCCAGGGACACAGAUCCAGAUCUGGUUCAUGCUGGGCAUGGAGCUGCUGGGCACUGAAUUGCUGGUGCAAGUGCUAGAAAGGGACACUGGCUUCAGUUCUAGUCAAGCCCUCCGCAUCAUAGGAAGAAACUGGAUUUUUCAGAAACAUUAUUAAGUAUGGACUGUAGUUCAGGAGACAGGAGGUUUUCUAGAAGGUGCAGACUCCAACAAGUCAUUUUUAAAAACAAUUUAAGUGAAACAGCCCGUUAUUGCCGUGGCGCACACAGCAUGUGGUACUGAAGUUUUUCCUCACCCAGCAGGAGAGCUGGGGCCAGGGACAGCAAGCUGCACAGACACUGAGGUCGAGCUCCUGGGUCCAGAGUGGUGUACAUUUGCACAUCCAUCAAGUUAAACCAGUUUUGCCAUGCACAUAAGUAGGACUCAGAGGAACUUGCUUUCACAUAGUCACAUCACUUAGUUGUGUUGAUCUGUGGAUCAGCCCUGUUGUAUUCUUAAAGAAUGGGAGCAACAGUAGAAACUAUCUUUUAAGGAGUGCCUCAAAGCCUGGAAUGGUAGUUUAUCUCCUGCUCCCUAUGGAGCUCUAGUUCCCAUACGUAGCUAGUACUUGGUGGUGUUCCUGGAAGCACAGUGUAUCUUAGAGCGAUAAUCAAAUGCUCUGCAUAGGAACAGGAGUAGUACGGUAAUUUUGCCUGUUUACCAGGCCUUGAAUAGACAAAAUGUGAAAGCCACAUGUUCUGCAAUAAGAAUUUUUCCUUAAGAUUUGCACUGAAUAUUAAAAGCUUCCAACAGCACAUCUCCUGUGUUUCCCAAGGUUGUUAUGUUUAGGUGUUAAAUGAGUGUUAACGUAUCAAAUGCUCCUUGAACAUUAAAGAUGUAAUUUUUAGUUUUAACUAACAAA